UUUCUGACACUGAAAUUCAAAUUGCUUUAAGCUCAUUUACCUACGCAAUUCUCUACACAAAAAUCUCUUUUCCAUAAUAUAGCUGGAUUUAUCCUGGAUAAACUCUUAAACGAAUAACCAGAAUGAAAAUACUGUCCUGUAUGUUGAUAUUAGCAUCCUGGUCAUCAGUUUGUUGCUAUAAACACAAAAUCACAGGAACAAACAGAAAACUAAAUCCUAUCAAACUCGAGAAAAAUCUUGUGGAAUGGCAACGUAAUAGUAUUGCCACUAUUAUUCCAAUUCUGACAGAUAUCGCAUGUGAGGCAUGCAGCAAAAUGUCCGACAAAAAAGACCGUGAAAAGUGCAGUACAAAAUUUUGUCUGUCAAGCGGAACACAUGCCAUGCGACAUUCAACUGACGUCUCCAUCAUCAAAAGAAAAAUUCACAUUGACAUUUUCGGUGAUAAAGGACUUUCCGUGGACAAAACACAUGACAUUAUUGCUGAAUUAACAAAUAUGUUAUGUUCGUUGUGUAGCAAGAUAAAGGACCCAGUGAAAAAGAAGACGUGCAUCACUAAAUUUUGUUUGAAGAGAAAACUUUCUCUUGUUCAGGCACCAAGAAGGAUUGGAAAAACACCAACAUUUCAGUUAUCUCAAGACCAUCCAAACCACAGAUCAAGUGUUAUAUUCAAGAACGCAAAAUAUUAAUUCAGGUUUAAAAACUAUCAAGUAAACGUUUUAAGUAGCGCAAAAUUUUGAAAUUCAUCACUUAUAAAUUGAACCAAAGAAAUAUCAACUUUGA